AAAACCCACCCCAACCCCUGCAGUAGUCUUCUUGGCCAGCAAAGAAUUGUGUGGAUUGUCAGAAAGGUCUUGGCACUGGUCCGAAGAUGAAGUUCAACAUGACACUGCGGCAUUUGUGGACUCUCUUGGCUGUUUGUGUGACAGGCAGCCAACAGCUCUCCCUGCCCGAUGAUCCCACCUACUACGCUGGCAUUGUGGAGCACAGUGUCGCUGAGGGCACACCAAGGGAGCAGACCAGCUUCAUGUCGAAUGCCUUCCGCACCAUUAUCGAGUCGACGGAUGCCCGGGAUCUCGACAUAAUUGUCUUUCCAGAGCACAUCCUAAACAGCCGCGAGACGGCGACCUUUGUGCCGCAUGCCGCACAGAACGUGACGCCCUGCUAUGACACGGACUAUGAGAUCUUCCUGGUGGAAUUGUCCUGCGCGGCACGCUCCCGCGGCAUCUACGUGGUGCUGAAUGUCGUCGAGAAGGAAGUCUGCGCGAAUGGAGCGGGUGCGGCAACGCUGGACCCGUGUCCGGCUGCCACCGGUGUGCGGUACUUCAACACCAAUGUGGUGCUGGACAGGCGGGGCCGUGUGGUGUCCCGCUACCGCAAGACGCAUCUCUGGCGCCAGGAGUACUACAGCACCUCGGUGCUGGUGGAGCCCGAUGUGUCCACCUUUGAGACGGACUUUGGGGUUACCUUCGGGCACUUUAUCUGCUUCGAUAUGCUGUUCUACGAUCCGGCCAUGAGGCUCGUGCACGAGCGCAACAUCACGGACAUCAUUUAUCCCACGUAUUGGUUCUCGGAGCUGCCCUUCCUCAGUGCCGUUCAGCUGCAGGAGGGCUGGGCCUUCGGCAACGAUGUCAACCUGCUGGCCGCCGAUGCCAGCCAUCCGUCCGGCCGCACCACCGGCUCUGGCAUCUAUGCUGGCCGUGCCGGACGCCUCACCGCCACCAUCAACGAGAUGCCCGUGCGGCUGCUGCUCAAGGCCCAGGUGCCCAAACGGCGUCCGGGCCUGCCCGCCUAUCAGCUGCCCGCGCAGGUGGAUCCCAUCUUCCAGCCGCUGCUGGAGACGCCGCGCUACACCAAGGUGGCCACCUACCGCGACUACAACGUGGACAUCUUCACCAGCACUCUGCUGGAGGCGGACUUUGUGAACAUUUCGCAGCGCGUCUGCCACGGCUCCACCUUCUGCUGCGACUUCCAGGUGCAGCGGCAGGCAUUCGCGGGCGAUGCCUCUGAGCUGCAGGCCUACCGCUAUCGCCUCGGCGUCUACUGGGGCAACGAGACGACGCUGAUCCGUGUGGAUCGCAGCGAGCAGGCCAUCUGUGCGCUCUUCGCCUGCCUCGACGAGGAGAUCCAGAGCUGCGGCUACGUCUUUCCCGAGAGCGUUCGUGUGGGCAACAAACAUCACUUUACCAGCAUUCGGAUCGGUGGCACCUUCCCCGCUGCACCGCGUGGACGUCGCCUCAUAAUGCCCAGCACCCUGGAUGGUCUCUUCAUGCCGGUCUCGGUGGCCCACUACAACUGGACGGAGACACCCGCCGCUGCCGCCCACCCCGAGCAGUCGGUUCGUGUGGAUCUCGAGCUGAUCCGACCGCGCAACGAUCUGCUCACGUUUGCCAUUUGGUCCAACUACUACACGGAGCUGCCGUCCACCCACAAUUUGAAUCACCUGCAGCCGAACGGUAGCGCCACGGCCACCACCUCACCGUCUGAGGCUGCUCCAACUCCCGCUCCUGUUGGUGGCUCUGGAACGGCUGUGGCUUCCACUUUGUCUCUGGUGUUGUUGUGCCUGCUCUUCGCCGCUCUGGGCUAGCUUUAUGUUCUACGA